GCCCGAUACAGCAAUUGCUGGAAAAAGGGCUCAUGACUGGGCGGGACAAACUGCCAGACAGGGGUUAAUAGUUGGGGCUUAGUAUCUAGCAUUUGGGGGUGGAGCAUAUGGGAUUUGAAGCAGGCGCGGUUAAGGAGGGUAUCCAUUUUGGAAAGAGAAAACGGAGUGGUAGGACAGCCUGUGAGUACCUGAGAUGGCAGCUUUAGAAGAGCUUUUAGCAAGGAUCCGUGCCCAAGCUGAAGAACAAGGAGAAGGUUGGAUAAGGCAGCAGCUGGCAGCACAACCCCCUGGCCCAUCCAGCAGGAGGAGAACCCGUCCACCCGAACGGUUAAGUCCCUCAGUAAGCAGCAGGGUGAGUCAGAGGAGAAGGAGGAGGAGCCCCUCCCCCCCACCAGGCCCCGGGAGCAACGAUGAGUCACCCCCUGCAGAGAAGAGAGGAGCCGGUAAGAAGCAGCAGCAGGGGGGAAGAAGGGGGGCUAGCAGCAAGGAAGGAGCAGGUCAGAGAAGCCGGGCAGGCACAAGACAAGCAGCAGGGGACCAAGAUGGCGGCGCGGGAACCCUCAGUGCACGAGGAGGCGGGCCCAGACCAGAACCCAGACCAGGCACCAACCGGAGGGAACCAGCAGGCAGGAGACAGGGAGCCAGCAUGGAGGGGGUGACCAGACCAGAAGGAGCAGAGGUGACCCAGCGAGAUGGGGGAAGGAGUGAAGAGCAGCAACACCAAGGCAGAAGGCCCACAGCAGGGAGAGCGGGUGCCAGAGGAAGUGUGGCCAGUCCCUGCAGGGACUGUGCUUGUGGGAGAGGAGAGCCAGCAAGGGUGAGUAUGGAGGCACCCCCGGUUGGGGGUAGCUGGGCUGGUGAGGUCUCCUCUAUCCUUUUACAUCCACAGAGGGACACCGAACGGAGCGGGGACCCAGAGCACAUGGAUGGAGGGCCUAACGCGGGGAGCAGAGAGGCCGGGGGAAGAGUGGCCAGUUCAGGACCGAGCUGUGCUGGGGUGAGAGGAGAACCUGUAAGGGCAGGUAAUGAGGCACCCCUUGCGGGGGGUUGCUGGGCUGGAGGGGUCUCCUCUAUACUUUUACCCCCACAGGCGGCGGCAAGACACGGGUUACGCGGACAGGAAGAGGUCAGCAGCGCAGAAGCAACAGGAGGAGCGCAGAGACCCAGCACAACAGCAGGCACAAGCAGUGCAGGAGACACACCUGUAGCCAUAGGAGCAGCGGGGCCCACUUCGACAGUGGCAUCAAGGGCUGGACCGUUUCAGACAAUUGGCUCCGAGGGCAGCCGCGUCUCCAACCCCUUUCCCAGAUUUUCUGUGGAGGAUCCCAUUCGAUACUUGGCUAGUUGCGUAAGGAAUUCCUUGGCCCCAGCCACAUGGGAGGCAUACAGUAGGGUAUGGCGUCAGUGGGCAGAGCUGGAAAGGUAUGUGCAAGGGCCCCUAGGUAAAGAGGAGCGAGAGGAUUUAGUACUGUGGUUUUUAUUUCUGCAUGGUAAAGAACAGCGUUCCAAGGCAGGCAUGGGAAAGGCCUUAGCAGCAUUAUCCUUUUUCUUUAAGCUGCAGGGUUUUCAGGAUGCCACAAAGAGUUUUGUAGUACGGCAGGUUGCGAAAGGCUGCCGGAGAGGUCAUCCCUCGAUAGACACGCGCAGGCCGGUCACCUUUAGCAUCCUGGAAGGCCUCUUUGACCAGCUGUAUAAAGUUUGUAAAUCGAGUUAUGAAGUUACAUUAUUCCAGUUGGCUUUUUCCUUAGCCUUCUUUGGUGCCUUCCGCAUUGGAGAAUUAGUAAGUAAUACCAAGAGGGAGGAAGGGGGAAUCCAACUGCGGCAUGUAGAGCGGUGUGGUUCAGUGAUUCAGGUGAGAAUUUUUGAGUCCAAAACCGACAAAGGUGGCAGGGGGUUGUCAGUUCAACUUCAUCAAGUAUUGGGGUGUAAGAUUUGUCCUGUUUCAUGCUUCCUUAACUUUUGUAAGGUGCGUAGCUCACAUCGGUUGUCGUUAUUGGUCCAUGAGGAUGAGUCGGUUUUGUCAAGAUUUCAGUUUACUGCGGUAUUUCGGCAAUGCCUCACAGCAUUGGGUCUGGCUGCAAAGGAUUACAGCUCUCAUUCAUUCAGAAUCGGGGCGGCAACGGAGGCUGCCAGAAACGGUUUGGGCGAAUCUACGAUACGUAGAAUUGGGAGGUGGGAAUCCAACCGGUUUCAGCUGUAUGUGAGACCACACUUGGCUUAAGUUAACAUGUUUGACAAGGUUUCAAAAAUUUUUUAUCAUUUGGUUGCUAGUUUUUCUAUUUUUCUGUUCCCCUCCCGCAGGUACAAGGCCGUGUGUUGUUUGGGCGAUGGGGCAUUCCUACAUCUUUUGGGCAGAGCAGCGAGCAGGGCAGCGUGAAGGUGGUAGGUGGUUUGGGCUUCCAAGGGGAACGGUGAAGGUUCAUUGGGAUGGGAUCAGAGGCAUGUCUUGGUGGCAGCUUAGAGAUCGCUUGGCAAGGAAGUUGGAACAAAGGGGCCCUCCCGAUGUCCUUCUUCUGCACCUUGGGGGCAAUGAUGUCGGUAAGAUUCCCAUGAAGAACAUUAUAGAGAGGAUGAAGAAGGAUUUGAAAAAGGUUUGGGAUAGGGCACCAAAGCUAAUUCUAAUAUGGUCUCAGAUAGUCCCUAGGUUGGUGUGGAGGGAAGCGAGAGAAUUGAAGGCACUUGACAAGGUAAGGUCAAAAAUCAACACUACCAUGGCAAAGUUUGUGAAGCGAAAGGGGGGCAUAUCUGUCAGACACAAGAUGAUAGAAGGAGAGCAGAUGUAUUACCGGCAGGAUGGGGUACACCUUAACGAGGUGGGCCUGGAUAUCUUUAAUUUUGGCCUCAGAGAAGGGGUGGAGGUAGCUAUGAAAAUGUGGAGGGGUAUGAGGGAUUGAAGGAGUUCAAGUCCCUCAUACGGUGGCGGGUCCCUGGCAAUGGAGAUAAAUUUUGUUGGCAGUGCCGAGUUUAGCAAGUCCCACUUGUUCAAUGGGACAUGGUUAUGGAUGUUUCCUCUCUAAGAGCGAUGGGUCUCUGGGAGGUGUUACGUUAUAUUGAUACCUUGGUUGAAGCAUGCAACCCUGCGUACCCACCAUGCUGGAAGGCACGAGAGGCUGGUGGCCGGUACGGUUGUCAUGCACUUAGUUUGGCCCAUUGCCAGGGACUUCAGAGCUGGAAGGAUUACUGUUUAGUAUUUGUUAAUAUACUUGUUAAUACUGUUAUUAUUUACUUGUUAUUUAUAUUUAUGUUUAUGUAUU